ACUCGCCCUAUGUUUCUAAAUGUUUACCACUAAAUUCCCCAGAGGAUUAUCUCUUUGUGAACUACUGUAUCAACCUAUAAGAUGGAAAGUCAGUAAGGGAACACCUGCGAGAAUGACUUUCGAAAUUCGGAUGAAACUUGCAGAGACAGAUGAUCCAUGGUUUCGAACCAGGCUAGUUGAUUCAACUGAAGAGGCAAAACAUAUUAUGAAGAAAUCAGCAGAGUUUUCUAAAGACGAUGUUAUUACGGUUCCUAUCGAAGAUGAUUUGACGCCAAUAAAUGGAGUCCCAAAAGAACACCAAUCUGAAAGGCGUGUUAGAAUUUUCAUCCCAGCUAAACCUGCUACUCAAUCAGGUACUCAUGGCACUCGACUUUGGCGUAUUGAGUUCGACAAUCGCGAACGCUGGGAAAAUCCACUGAUGGGUUGGGCGAGCAGUGGUGACCCACUUUCAACUACAGUUGUUGAAUUUGAAACUUCUGAAGCGGCGGAAGAGUUUUGCAAACGUCAGGGAUGGCCGUGUUACGUAGAAAGUCCAAAUAUUUUAAAAAUGAAUGUCAAGUCAUAUGGAUCCAAUUUUUCAUGGAACAAACGAACUCGGGUUGGAUCGAAAUAA